AGUCACCACCAUAAAAGGAUGUCAGCACUAUCUUUCUCAGAGCAACAUGCCGAGGUUAACCUACUUCGGUUUGGGCAAGUACUGACUGCAGAGCUGCGUCUACAGAGGCCAGAACAAGUCAGCAACAGAGACCUUGAACACCGCUGACACAAAAAUGAACAACAAUUCUAAUACAUCCUCUCAGGGAAGCAGCUGUGAUUUCUAUGCACACCACAGCAUAACCAGGAUCCUAAUGCCUCUCCAUUACAGCAUGGUCUUCAUCAUCGGGCUUGUGGGAAACUUGUUAGCCUUGGUUGUCAUUGUUCAAAACAGGAAGAAAAUCAACUCGACCACCCUGUACUCAACCAAUCUGGUGAUCUCUGACAUACUCUUCACCACUGCUUUGCCUACUCGGAUAGCCUACUAUGCACUGGGCUUUGACUGGAGAAUCGGCGAGGCCUUGUGUAGGGUGACUGCCCUGGUGUUUUACAUCAAUACCUAUGCAGGUGUGAACUUCAUGACCUGCCUGAGCAUCGACCGGUUCUUUGCUGUGGUGCACCCUCUGCGAUACAACAAGAUGAAAAGAAUUGAACAUGCAAAAUGCAUUUGCAUAUUUGUCUGGAUUCUAGUAUUUGUUCAAACACUCCCACUACUCAUAAAAGCUAUGUCAAAGCAGGAGGUGGGAAGGAUUACAUGCAUGGAAUAUCCAAACUUUGAAGAAACACCAUCUCUUCCCUGGAUUCUGCUUGGUGCAUGUUUUGUAGGAUAUGUGCUGCCGCUCAUAAUUAUUCUCAUCUGCUAUUCUCAAAUCUGUUGCAAACUCUUUAAAACUGCCAAGCGAAACCCAAUAACUGAGAAAUCUGGUGUAAACAAAAAGGCUCUCAACACAAUUAUUCUUAUAAUUGUUGUGUUUAUUCUCUGUUUCACGCCUUACCAUGUAGCAAUUAUUCAACACAUGAUUAAGAAGCUUCGUUUUCCUGGUCCCCUGGAAUGUAGCCAAAACCAGUCAUUCCAGGUUUCUCUGCACUUUACAGUAUGCCUGAUGAACUUUAAUUGCUGCAUGGACCCUUUUAUAUAUUUCUUUGCAUGUAAAGGGUACAAGAGAAAGAUUAUGAAGAUAUUGAAACGUCAAGUCAGUGUAUCAAUUUCCAGUGCUGUGAAAUCAGCCCCUGAAGAAAACUCACGUGAAAUGACAGAAACUCAAAUGAUGAUACAUUCCAAGCAUUUAAAUGAAAAGUAAAAAUUAAUUAAAUCUUGGAUUUAUACCAAAGUAAACUGUAUGAAGAACUUUGCGGGACUUUUCUCAUAAAGUAAAAUGAUUAUUCAACUUCCAAUUAGGAUUCUUUUAAACUCCUUUCAUUGGGCACUAUUUUCUACCUCCAACUUGGAAGUAAACUGAUAAAUAUGUAUUUUUUUACACUCAAGAGUACAACAUAAAGCUAAGUUCUAAUUUGUAAAUGAAAUGCUAUACCAAAAAGGAGCUCUUUUAAUAACUCUCAGUGUAAGACAAAAAGUUUUGUGUUUAUGAAAAUCUAAUCAUUAAUAUUUCCUGCCAAUAAUUUGGCAAAAGAAAAAAGACUGUUAAGGUUGUAUAUGCCAGUGUAAAAAUGUUAAUAUUGUAACAUAUUUCCUUUUUUUGAUAACAUAUUUCUUGAAUCCAUGUUUCUUUCAAUCUUACACUUGAUUGCCUCAAUAACACCAGCUUUUUUUUUUUACAUUUUUAUUGGGGAAUUGGGGGAG